AUGACACGAUACACCGGCGCGGAAGCUCUUCAGCUCGUCCUGGACAGUGACGAAGAGUUCACAUUUUCCUCAGAAGAAGAGCGGGACUCCGACGAUGAGCGUUUGUAUUUUGAAGAGCGACUUGAUCCAGCCAUGGAUACAAUUUCGGAUGACUAUAAAGAUGAUGGUGAUCAUCAGACACCUGUUGCAAAGAGGGCCAAGACAAACAUUCAAACAAGCAACAAGCAGUCCACUCUGUCAUGGAAAACAGAGACUGACAUUGAUCUGGUUCCACAGACUCUGAGAUUCCUGCCAGCACAGGAACCUGGACCACAACUGAGACCUGCUGACACACACACUCCUCAGAGUCUCUUCAAAGUGUUUUUUUCUGAGAAUGCAGUGUCAAAUCUGUGCCACAACACCAAUGCUCAGGCUGCUGGUGCAAUUGAAAAGGGCCGCAAAUUUAAAUGGACUGAUGUCAGCAUCAGUGAGAUGUACCGCUACAUUGGGCUGGUGUUUUACAUGGCCAUGGUGAAGAUGAGCUCCAUCAAGGACUACUGGCGGCAAGACAGUCUUUUCUCUUUGCCUUUUCCUGCCACAAUCAUGACAAGAGAGAGAUACCGCACCAUUUCAUGGAAUGUGCACAUGAGUCACCCAGAUGCAGAUAAGGAGAAUGACAGAAAGAGGGGCACACCUGAACAUGACCGUCUUUUCAGGGUCAAACCUCUCAUGGACACUAUCCGUCAUGCUUGUAAAGCCAUUUAUCAUCCUAGAAGAAACUUAGCUGUGGAUGAAAGAAUGGUGGCAUGCAAAGCACACACAGGCAUGACACAGUACAUGAAAGCUAAGCCAACCAGAUGGGUUUUCAAGUUGUUUGUUCUUGCAGACUCCUCGAAUGGAUACACUUUGGACUUUUCUGUGUACACAGGAAAGAACAACUUUCCCACAGGCCAUGGACUGUCAUAUGAUGCUGUAACAUCUCUUUUAGACUGUAAAGUUUUAGGCUCUGGGUACCAUGUGUACAUGGACAAUUUUUACACAAGCCCAAAGCUCCUAAAAGACUUGUUUGCAAUGAAGUUUGGUGCAUGUGGUACUUACAGGGACAACAGGAAGGACUGCCCACGUGAUACAACUAAUUCACUCUCAAAAAAAUCUGCCAGGGGAUCCAUCAGGUGGAUUCGGGAUGGACCUCUUGUAUUUGUGAAGUGGAUGGACACACGUGAGGUAUCUGUCUGUUCCACCAUUCAGUCUGCUUAUACUGGUGAGACUGUGCAGAGGAGGGUGAAAACGCAAGAUACAUGGAGGACAAUGACAUUUCCAUGUCCUGCACCUGUGACUGCCUACAACAAACAUAUGGGUGGUGUUGACCUGUCCGAUCAACUCUUACAGUACUACACUGCACAACACAAAACAAUGAAGUGGUACAGAAAGAUCUUUCUACACUUCUUGGACAUUGCUGCCACCAAUGCUUUCCUAAUCCACAAAGAGUUAUGUGGUAACAUGACCCAUAAACAGUUCAUGGAACAGCUUAUUGCAGAGCUCUGUGGUGUGUCACAGAAAGUAGCACCAAAACAAACCAGUAGUGACCAUGUGCCGGUUCCAGGCGCUGAGCUGAGCUCAGAUGCAACGAACAUUUGCACAGUUGGUCGCAAGAUCUGUGUGCUUUGCAAAGGACAGCUUGGUAAAUGCAGGACACACCUUGGAAAUGCCAGGCAUGUAAUGUUCACUUGUGUCUUCAGUUGA